UUUAUUUUUGUCCUUUGAGGGUCCCAGUCACAGUUAGAUACAGAGGAGGGAGAAGGAGCUGUUAAAUGGAGAGUGUUGAUCGCUGGUUUUAGAUGUUUUUCCUUCCCAUCAAGACAAAAGAUUCUUCAUCCUUCAAGUUCCUUUGUUUUGGCAGCCCUGACAUCUGAACGACCAUGAGUGGAAUUCAAAACGCCACCAAUCCUGUAAUCUGCAGCAUUUCCCCAGCAAACUGGACUUUCACUGUGGUUCCUGUGUACGUCAUGGCCAUCGCCGUGGUGGGAAUUGUUCUCAAUUUCUUUGUGCUGAUGGUCUUCAUCUUACACAAGAAAGCCUGCACAGUGGCUGAGAUCUACCUGAGCAACCUGGCUGCUGCUGACCUUCUUCUGGUGUCUUUCUUGCCGUUCUGGGCUGUCAACGUGUACAGAUACUAUAAUUGGACUUUUGGUGUUGUUUUGUGCAAAACUGUUAAUGUGAGCAUUUUAAUGAAUGUCUACUGCAGCAUCUUCUUCCUGGUUCUUGUCAGCAUAGACCGUUAUUUAGCUCUGGUGUUUCCAUUGUCUCAUGGUAAACUGCGCGGAACAGUCUGUGCCAAAGUGGCAUGUUUUCUGGUUUGGCUUGCAGGAUUUUUAUUGAGUCUUCCAGCACUGAUUCACAGGGAAAUAAGAACUGUGCCUGGAUCAAAUAGUACAUUUUGCUCCGUAAAUCCUGCAAGCACCACUACUUUAAUUGAUUGUAUGAUAUUUGUAUUUGGCUUUGUGAUACCUAUUUCUAUUAUUACUUUCUGCACUUUUAAGAUACUUAAAGCUUUACGUAACAGAAUAGCAGAAGGAUUAAAUGCUCAGAAAAAAGAUCAUAAGGCCACCACUUUGGUUUUAGCUGUUCUGUUAGCAUUUCUUUUCUGUUGGGUUCCAUUCUACCUGAAUAAGAUACCCACUGUGCUUAGAGACAAACACAUUUUAACAGAUUGCACCUCCCAGUACAUUCUGUACAUCAGUGGAAACAUCUUCACAUACUUAGCUUUCUUCAACAGCGUCCUCAACCCCAUUCUCUAUGUCAUUGUUGGAAAAAACUUCAGGAAAAAGGCCAAGGAUCUCUUCACACGAAGGAAAGAUAACCUCAAUCCAACCCUCAGUCGCUCCUCGAUUCACACGUUCCUGUCAAGAAGAGUUAAAAGCUUGGAUUAGAUUCCAAAAAUCUGUGGACUAGCUUACACUUAUUUACAUGAGAAAGAAGAUUUUGGUUCAGUGUUGCAUGUUUUUUUUUCUAAAUGAAGGCAUUUCUUGUUUUUCUUGUUAAGAUGAAGUCUAGACAGUAGCAUUCUACUUUGACAGUAAGCACAUUAGCAAUGUGAAGCUGUUGGCAAAUGGAAGCAAGAAUAGUAGUAAUCGAUAUGAAGGUUGUUAAUGUAUGUUUUUAUGCAUAUAUAUAAUGUUGUAUGUUAUAUAAUAUAAUGUUUUUCAGGAUAACAUAACUCCAAUGAGGUCUACUUAAGUCUCUGUCCAUCUUUUCAAAUGAUCUUUAACCAACAUCAAAACAGGAAUAAAUGCAAUAGUAUAAUAUGUUGACAUCAAGGGUGUGGUUAACCCUAACCCUAACACGAUUAUUGCUAUGUUUUCCUGUUUAGGUUGUGUGCGAUUUUGCUGGGAUACAUGACAAACUGUUCCAUCUCACACACCCAGCAGCUGUUAAAAGGCUUUUAGAUUUGUGACACAGCAAUAACACUGCUUCAGGUUUAAACUAGAUUACUCCAAAUGUUGCAGAAAAAAAUUGAUUUGAAAUAACAUAAUUAACGUAAUGAUGAACAACUAUUAACACAAAUGUCUUCCCCUUUACGCUUUAAAGCACCAUUCAUUCUCAUAGGACGGUUCCGCUUUGUUAAUGUAUUUGGGAAUUUUUGCAGAGGCUUGCUCUGACAUGACCUCAUGGAUAAUAAGGAGAAAUCCUUCAUUUUAUCUUUUCCUAUCUAAAAGUUGAUUUGUUUCUGUUCUUACAACUUUGUGUUUACUGUACCCAUAUAGACUGAAACUGAAAUACACAUUUAUAUUGGAACAAUCUUUUGUAAAAAAAGGAAAGACAAACGUUUUGUUGCUCUAAAGGGAUUUACACCUCUUGUAUAAGUCACUGUAAUUAUGAGUUACACUGUUUUUCUUUCCAUGUUUGUCUUGUAUACUGUCCAAUGUUUCAACUGUGUGUGCCAAAUGUGUACAAAGCUGCUCUUGUUUUAUACUUUAGCUUCCUCUGAGCUGCAGAUGAGAUUGGUCCAAGUGUUUUUAACAUGAUUCACUCUUGUGUUUAUAAAUCUUUAGAAUACAGGCAACAUCACUAAGCACCAAAUGCAUUACACUUGGAUGUAUUUAUCUUGCAUGUCUGUGUCCCUAAACUCCUGCAUUAACCUUGUUGGAAAUUUUACUCUGAAUUGUAAUAAAGUGUAAAUGAAUCAA